CACCAUUAGCGGCUUAGAGUGUCAGAUCUCGCUUGCGUUCAUGAAUGCAACUCAGGCGAAAGACAGGCUAUAUAGCCAACUCGCAGCUAGUCUGAAGAACAUGUCACGCGCUGUCGGGCAAACAGCAGACCUCUUUGAACAACUUCAGACAGACUUGGACGCCAUGAGAGUUCUGGCUGGUACACAUGCUGCACAGUUCAUGACUGUUGCUGCGGAACUCAGCCCUGAGGCUGAUGGGGGAGCAAAUACAGAAGCCACUAUGGUAGGUAGCGCGUCACUGGAAAAUUUCGUUAUUGAGAAAACCCUGUAGUAAAUUAUCUUGCGACUUGAGU